UGGGACUCGCCUCCUGCUGACACGUAGGUGCGUUUGGGUUUCCCAAGAGUCGUCUUCAUUUCUCCAUUUUCUUACUCCCCAAAAAAAAAAUAAACAAAUUAAAAGUAAAUCAAGAAACCCCCUUUUUCCUCUCUCUUUUCCUUAUUACUAUGAAUUAUCAUCAAUCGAUUGUCUGUCACUACUUUGCACUGUUUUGUUUUGAGACGGUUUCCCUUUUUCGUUUAUUUAUUUAUUUUUUAUUUUGGUUUUUUUUUUCAAUUUUUUGUUUGUUGACUUUGGACAUGGAUUUCUGGGGUGACAUGUGUUGAUUAAAGUUGAGAUUUUUAACACUUGGAGGUUGAGGCUUGAGGGUAGUGAAAAAAGGGCUAUAAUUCCACAAGGGAGUGAGAUUUUGCAGAGAAACCUCUUGAGCCGUCUCUUGUGGAUAUCUUAUUUUUACACAAAAGCUGAUUGAUGGAUGAAUUCUCUUCACUAAUUAGUCUGCCAUUUAAGCUAGGAAAUUUGAUUACUGAAGACAAGUCUUUCACAAGCAGUGUCGAGAGUGCAGGGAUCGAACUGGUAACUGGCUCGAUAACACUUUUGCCUGAAAACUCCAUGACGAAACUGCCCUUGGUGCCCGUCAUUGCCUUUGAGAAUAAAAAAUCCAACUAUAACGUCCCACUCAAUGGAGUAGUCGUGAAAAUCGAGUCAAGCUUUGAUAUGUCUAACAUUGGUGAAGAUGAAAGUGAUAGUUUUAUGGUCAUUAAUAAUGCAGUUGAGAGAGAAAUUGAGAAAGACGAUCAAACGGGCCUCGUUAGUGGCCCAUUAGCCACCACCAUUGUAGAUUCUCCAUACACAAUGAAUGAUGAUGCUAUUGGGGAGACUAGUUCUGGUCCAAUUUCAUGUAAUAACUUAGAUGAGAUUGACAAUAUCGUCAUUUGUCGAAAUAUCAUCAAGAAAUCGGACUCAUGGGUCGAGAUAGCCGAGGAUCUUUCUGCGGAAAAUACUCGUGAGCCUGUGCCUAAGAGAACAUUUUCAGCGUCCCUAGUUGAAAUCCCGCAAGAAAGUAAAAUGAUUAAGCAUAAUCUGCCUCUAAAUGCUUUGCCUCUUUGGGGCUUGACUUCUAUUUGUGGAAGGAGGUCAGAAAUGGAAGAUUCAGUAGUUGCUUUACCGAGAUUUCUCAGCAUUCCUUCUUUUAUGUUGAGCGACAACCCAGUUUUCACUUCCGUGCAUAAAGAUUUAACUGGCCAUGUUUUCGGAGUUUUUGAUGGACACGGAGGUUUUCAGGUUUCUGAUUACUGCCGAGAGUAUAUGCAUCUAGCUUUGGCAGACGAGGUUCGUGUGGCCAGAGAGAAAUUGCCGGUCGAAGUUUUCGGGCGUAACUUGAACGAGCAGUGGCUCGAGAUAUUCCGUAACUGUUUCCAGAGAUUAGAUGACGAGGUUGGAGGAUUUGCUAGAGGCAAUGGGGAAAGUGACGAUUCUCCUGUUAGCCCUAUUGCGCCCGAUUCUGUGGGGUCCACAGCUGUGGUUGCAGUUGUUUGCACCACGCAUGUUAUCGUGGCGAAUUGUGGUGAUUCGAGAGCGGUUUUGAACCGGGGGAAAGUGCCGGUGCCAUUGUCUGUUGACCAUCGACCAAAUAGAGAAGAUGAGUGUGCAAGGAUCGAAGGUUCGGGAGGGAAGGUCAUUAAUUGGGACGGGCCACGUGUUUCGGGUGUGCUUGCUGUGUCUAGGUCCAUUGGUGAUAGACACUUGAGGCCUCAUGUGAUUGCCGAUCCAGAGCUUAUGAUCGUCCCUCGAACAAAAGAAGACGAGUGCCUCAUUUUAGCUAGUGAUGGCCUAUGGGACGUGAUGACAAAUGAGGAGGCUUGUGAUUUGGCCAGAAAAAGGAUUCUACUCUGGCACAAGAAAAAUGGGCCCACUCUACCCGAAGAACGAGGGCACGGUGUUGAUCCGGCGGCCCAGGAUGCGGCUGAUUAUCUCUCACGUUUUGCUCUCCAAAGGGGGAGCCGAGACAAUAUCUCGGUCAUCGUGGUAGAUUUGAAAGCUCGAAGGAAGUUCAAAAAGAAGAAAUGAAAAGUUUGCAAGUUUGUGUUUUAAAAAGAAAGAAGAAAAAGAGACACAGAGAAUGGAGGAGAAUGGAAGAUAACUCUGAUCUCCCAUUCUCCUCUCAUCUAUCCAAAUCUUCGUUUGGAGGGUUAAUAAUUAACCGAGGUUUGUUGCAUCUAAUUUAGAGAGAGAUGUAAUAUCUGCAUUUAUCUUUGGUGUAUCCCUACAAGAAGGGAUCAAAUUCUGAACUGAGAAAAGACUAUGAAAGAACAUAGUCUUAGUUUGUCGGUGUAGUAGAUGUGAACCAAAUGUUUCUCCUAUUAUUUGUAAUUUGUAACUUGCAAUGUCAGCUGUUUUCAAUUAAUUUUA